AUGAACCGCUUCCGGGUUCGUCCGGCGGAGCCGCGGGACUGCCCGGAAAUCCUGCGUCUCAUCAAAGAACUGGCUACUUAUGAAAACAUGCCUGAAGCUGUCAAAAUAACAGCAGCAGAUUUACUUCGAGAUGGAUUUGGAGCACGUCCUUUCUUCCAGUGUUUAGUAGCAGAGGUAACAAAAGAAGAUGUAAUGGCAGAUAUUGAUAUUGUAGGCUUCGCUAUGUACUACUACACCUAUGACCCUUGGAUUGGCAAGCUGCUGUACUUAGAAGACUUCUACGUUAUGGAUGAAUAUAGAGGUUGGGGCAUUGGAACGGAACUCUUAAAAAAAUUAAGCCAGAUAGCGCUCGAUACCAAUUGCAAUUGCAUGCAUUUCCUGGUCGUAGUUUGGAACAAGCCAUCCAUAGAGUACUACAUGAGGCGUGGAGCUCUGGACCUGUCCACUGAAGAGGGCUGGCAUCUCUUCAGGUUUGACAAAGAACAUCUAGUCCAAAUGGCUGCUGGAGAGUAA